AACUGGUGAGCAAAAUUUCACCCAAUUUACUAAUUGUCUUUCGAUUACUAUCAAAUUAUAACACAAAACCCAGAAAUUUGAGCGUAUUUUCAAUUGAUUUCUUGGUGCAAUUUGGUUGAUCGUUUAGUGGGUUAAAUUAUAAACAAAGGGUUUUUGUUUGAUGGUUGGUAAUUUUUCAGGUUUAGAAAUUUUUUUGGUGGGAGAUCUGAUGUUCGCGCUAAUUAAUAGUUUCGACUCACAAGAUCAUGAUGGCCCUAGAUAAUCGAGGGAACGAAGCGCUAGGAAGCUGAAACAGGGACUGUUUUUAUCAUCCAAUACCUUUCUUUGAUGAAUUGGUGACACCAAAUCUUUUAGAUUUGAUGAGUUGUUUUCUCCACCAUGACUUAGGCAAGAGCCUUGUCAGAAGCACCAGAGUUUUGAUAUGGGGAUCCACAUGGCGCAACGCGCAAGCUAGGGAAACAAAAUGGGGGCUGAGAAACAAUGCAAAAGGGCCUUGAGGCAUCCCUUGGAUGCGUCCAAUCUAAAAGCUAUUUAUAUGGCCCUACUUAUCCGAGGAGUUUCAGUGGACAACAGACCAUGGAACUCAAGUAUACUAAUGGUGAAAAACAAGCAAAUGUUGACUCCAAUAAUGGAGCAGUAGUAACUCAUGAUAAAUUAGCUGUCCAAAGUGAAUAUUGUGGCAGACCAGUACGGCAAGAAAGCUAUUAUCUUUGGUCAGCAUUAACCCCUAAUAGUCAGAAAGAUGUGCAUAAUAGCCAAUCCCAUCUAAAUGAUGGCUGCUUUUAUCCAGCAAACAUGGGAAACUACUUCCAAACAACACAUUGGCUUCCUCAAGUUCCUAUGCAGAUGGUUCCUCAGAGCUACUCACCCGACUAUGUGUUCCAAGAUUUUCAGUAUUUUGUGGUGAUCGAUUUUGAGGCAACUUGUGAUAAAGAAAGGAAUCCUCACCCACAGGAAAUAAUUGAGUUCCCAUCUGUGCUUGUGAACAGUAGAACUGGCCAAUUGGAGGGCUGUUUUCAGAUGUAUGUGCGGCCUACACAUCAUAAUCUACUGUCUGACUUCUGCAAAUCACUUACAGGCAUUCAGCAGUCUCAGGUGGACAAAGGUGUUCUUUUGAGUGAUGCGCUCCUUAUGCAUGACAAAUGGCUUGAAGACAAGGGCAUAAAGAACACAAACUUUGCUGUAGUGACAUGGUCCGACUGGGACUGUAGAGUAAUGUUGGAAUCAGAGUGCAGAUUCAAGAGGAUAAGAAAGCCACUAUAUUUCAAUCGGUGGAUUAAUUUGAAAAUCCCGUUCAACAAAAUAUUCGGAAGUGGUAGGCGCAACUUGAAACAAGCGGUGGAACUUGCCGGGCUCACUUGGGAGGGUCGGGCCCAUUGCGGGCUGGACGAUGCAAAGAACACAGCUAAUCUGCUCUCCCACCUUAUGCAGCUGGGAUUCAAAUUAUCCAUAACAAAUUCUCUUAAAUGGCAAACUGCUGAUCAUCCUAGUGCUGUUCAAGUUCAACAGACCGUUACUACUACUCCUGAAAGCAACCUAACUUAUCAACCUCAAAAUUACAAGACUGCCCCUUCGGUCACUGCCAUUCCGUUCCAACCUGCAAAUCUUUUGAAAGAACCGUAUGUUUACUGCUAUUGUGGGUUGACAAGUACCAAACGGGUGAACCAAAACCCGGGACCUAAACAUGGGUGUGUCUUCUUCGGGUGUGGAAACUGGACUUCUAACGGAGGACCUUGUUGUCAGUUUUUCAAGUGGGUGGUUUCUGCUUCUGAUUCUGGAAAACCUGUGUAAAACUGAUUUGCUGCUGGAAAAAAAAUGCUGAAAUCAUGUGCAAUUUGCUGGUAAAGAGGAGAAAGAUUAGCAUCUCAUAAUGGUGAAUUAGAUUCUGUUUAACGCCUUCGUUAGUAAAGGACAAUUGGGGUUUAUACAGGUUCUUUAUGUGCAGAUCAUGCAAAUUGACAUGAAUUUCAGUUGGUUUCUAAAUAAUUUGAAGUAUGAAAAUAGCGACUAUUUAUGCGCAUUUUUUACCUAUAUAUUGUUGAUGAUUUUUUCAAGGAA